CUCUCAUGCCAUUAGAAAGAGGAUCAUGAAAAACCUAUAAAAAAAUGGUUCAUGAAAUUUUAGUUCACUCAUAAAGCUAAAGUCCGCCUGCUCUAGCAAAAAAUGCCCACUGUGAACCACUAUCUGGAUAUACGCCUGACAGAGAAAAUAAAGAAAGAUUUAUUAUGAUAACUAUUCCUAUUCUUAACCCUUUACCCCCGGAGAGCAUUUUUUCAAAGAUCCAAGAAAGAUGACUACUAAAGUGGAGUUUUUGAGUGCUCACUAUACCCAUUCGAUACUUAAAAUAAAAUGAAGUUGCCUAGGUGACAGAAUAUAAAAUGUCCACAGGUGUGGAUAUUAGAGAGAAACAAUGUGAAAAACACAAUUUUUUUCUUUGUGUUAUCCGAUACUGAUUCUGUCAAAAUUCAACAUUUUGAGAAAAAAAGGUCAUAUUCGGAAUCAUGAUCAAAAACUGGAUCGAAUGACAUGGGUCUCAGUGUUUUGGGGAAUAUUUUGAGUUUGAGUGAAAAUUUUAGUUUUGAAUUUUUGAAAAAAACGAAAAACUUCGAGGUCAUGCAAAACUCCUGGCAUCCAUGUCAUUCAACGCAGUUCUUGCCCCUGAAUCUGACUAUGACCUUGUUUUUGUCGAAAUGUUGAAUUUUGACCAAGAAGAUGGCAAAGCACAGAUCCAAUUUUAGAGUUUUUCAUGCUAAAUUCAUAAAAAUUGAAUUUUUCGACAACCAAGUAAAAUUUUUCAAAAUCGGCAAAUACUUUUUUUCUCAUGAGUAUAUAAGUUAGAAUAAAGUAUGAAAGAGAAUUUUAUCUUCCGAACUAGAUAGGCUUGCAUGAUUAGCCAGCGGGUCUUUUACCAUCCUGCUCGUCAUCAACAGUUCUCAAAGUCAAUUUCAGUUUCAAAAUUUCCAAAAUCCGUUUUCUAGACCCAGUUUUUGAUGGAGAGUAAGAAAAAAUUAUUUUGGAAUUUUUGAAAAUAGAAUGAAUGGUUGAAUUUUGAGUUUUAUUCAAAAUUUUGCCUAUUUUCACAUAUUUUUGAAAAAUUGAUAUUUAAAAUUUUUUCAACGAAAAAUAUGUUCCAAAAUUGUGGUAUUCAGUUUUUCUAUGCAACUCGAUAUACUCUAUCUAUCUAUGACAAAAAGACGAAAACUAAAAUUUUGCGUCUUACAAGAAAAGAAGAGAAUAAAAGAAUGUGUACAUGUUUAAAAAUUAGUACUUUCUAUGUCACUCCCUUCUAUUGUCCACAGGUAUGGAUAUUUGAGUACUGGACACGGUGCAUGAAGACACCUUCACAGAAAAUUUCUUUUCUUGUGUAAUUGUAGAAAGAAUCCUUGUAGCAAUAGUUAUCUAUCACUACUUCUGAAAAUCCUUGUAUUGCUAAAGCUAUGGGAAAAGCUUUUAAAAAAAUUCAAAAUUUGAAACUCUUUAAUUUCAGAAGUUAAUUAUCUCAGUCAAGAUCCAUACAAAAAAGUUUCUUUUUUACCAAUCGAAAGCUUAUGAAGUCUCCAAGGUUGGAAUAAGAUCCGGUUCUGAUAUGAUGCUUCGUUAUUUUUGUAUAUCGAUUUUGUCUAUGUCCACGCGUGUGGACAUCUGAGGGUAAACGGUUAACUACUUGUAUCCUAUCAUUUAUAAGACAAAAUGAGACGGAUGCAUAUCACACAUACACAUAGAUUGUGUUUUGACUUCAUUAGUUAUAUUUCGAUUAUUUUCUACUAGAAUAAGUUCUUGUCUUAUUACAUUCUUUUUCUUUUUCACAGAAAGACACGAGUACUUCAUGUCUUCAAAGGAAACAGCAGCAGAAUAGUGCUAUUUUGUGUAUAUUAACUAUUUUGUUUUUGUGAUAAAAAAGAAUCAUGCUCACAAUUUCUGCCGAACCUAUGGACAGUAUACCACGUUCCGCGUAUUUCAUUGACGCACUCAAACAGAACAACAGUGAUAAAAAUCACCUAUCACAAUUGUAUGAUGACGCAUUACAUGUUACAAUUAAACAAUUUGCUUUAACCCAUUCACCAGUCAUUAGUGAUGGUGAACGGUGAACAAAGAAAAUCAAGUUUUUUCACGUAUCCACUUCAAGAAUCCAUACAAGUGACAGCUGGUGGUAUUGUUAUCCAAUUUGUUGAUGUUCACACGUGACACUUACCAAAACUUGUUCAUGAAGGCCAAUUUCAAUAUCAAACAUAUGCUGAUGAAUAUUUGACACGAGCGAAACAACUAACUAAAUUAUAGAUCAAACAAGCGGUGAUCGCUGUUUCGGCAUUGAUUCUAUUGUAUCCAUAAGAAGAACUGCUUCAGAAUUAUAGUCGUGAACAGUUUCUCAAUGAUUUAGUAAAUGAAGCUGGAGCAGAUAUUAGACAAUGUCUAGAAAACGGUGCACAUAAUGUUCAAAUUGGUUUCACAGAAGGACGUUUAUCACUUAAAUUAGAUCGAAGUAGCAAAUUGUUGAAAUCAUUUAUCGAUUUAGAUAAUCGUGUGUUGGAACGUUUUACCGCUGAAGAACAACAAAAAUUAGGUGUUCAUUCAUGUUCGAGUGGUGAACAAAGUUCAAAACAUAGCGCUGAUGUAGACUAUGCGCGGUUAUUACCUGUGUUAUUUGAAUUAAACGUUGGCAAUUUCUAG